GUGGAGUUGGACGUGGAUGUUAUUAUCUUAGUUUGAAGUUGACUCGGCAGUAGCUACACUGUGUCCUUAUGAAUUUCCUCCGUGUUCCAGAAGAAAAUAUGAGUUUCAUUAAGGCUUAUUUGAGGGCACUCUGUGGAACAGACUACAUUUAUCUAGCGAACCUAAUGAAUUCUUUCAGGGAUUCAGGAACGAAGUCCAAUACAAUGGCCUGAAAAAUCAAGGCGCCACCUGCUACUUAAAUGCAGUAUUGCAGUGUCUAUUCAUGACUCCAGAAUUCAGAGAGGCAGUGGAGAGUUAUAAAGCCCCUGGAGACUGUGGUGAGGAAAAUCUCUUGCUACAACUUCAAAAGCUGUUCACACAGCUGUCAGAAAAGACAGCCACAACUGGAGAAAUAACCAAGAGUCUUGGCAUUAGAAGUGUUUUUGAGCAACAAGAUGCAGUGGAGUACUACAGGAAGAUUUUAAAAGCAGUGGGCACACAUGCCUCUAAGGUCUUUGAAGGGAAAAUGAACAAUAUAACAAAAUGUGUCUCAUGUGGCAAUGAAAUCACAGAAACCAACACCUUCAUCUCAAUACUGCUGUCUAUCGAUAACGUUAAUGAUAAGUAUGAUAUGGAAAAAAGCCUGAAGACCUUCUUUGAACAUUCAAAACUAGAAGAGGAUGACUGGAUGUAUUGUGAAGGAUGUGAGCGCAAAACAGAAACAGAAACUUGGAGUGAAAUACAUGAAUAUCCCACUGUUCUCGCUCUGCAUCUGAAGAGGUUUGACUUUGAUUACAUACAGAUGAGAUACGAGAAGAAUGAAUGUCGUCUGGAUGUACCUCUAAGUCUUCCCGAAGAGAAUAAUAGGCCUAGAUAUGAUCUUUAUGCCGUUAUCAAUCAUAAGGGUGGAUACAGUGGUGGACACUACGAUACAGUCAUCAGAUCUUAUGAAAAUGGGAUAUGGUACCGUUUUGAUGACUACACUGUAACACAGACUUCAGAAUCAUCACUGGAAAACUCAAGCCUACCAUACAUGCUGAUGUACAGAAAAUCGUUGAGCUCUGGCAGCAUCAAAACAGCUGCGUUGAACCCUGGCAGCAUUCCCCAUCCUAUGAGGAUUCUUCUAAUAGGGCCUUCCAGAGCUGGGAAAAGUACAGUAGGCAACAUCAUCCUUGGUGGGAGUUACUUUCUUUGCAAAAGUGGAUCGGAGACUGUGACGAAAGCAUCCAUGGUGAAGACAGUGGGAAAGGUCACUGUAGUGGACACUCCAAAUCUCUUUUCCCUCAGCAAAUCGAGUUGGGACAAGGAAAUGCAGAAGUUAUCUGACCCUGGGCCCAGUGUGAUUCUCUGGGUAACACCGAUAUCUAAAUUCAGUGAGCAACAGCAAGGUCUUUUCCAUACCUUCAAAAAACGACUAGAUUCAAGAACCACAAAACGAAUGAUGAUUAUCUUCACAAAUGGCAGACAGCUUAAAGAAUUUGUGCAACCCAUUGACAGAUUUAUAUCAGAUCACAGAAAGCUCUGUAAAGUGGUUCAUUGUUGUCAGAACAGGUAUCAUGUCAUUGACAUCACUGAUGGUCACAAUUACACUUCAGAAUUGCUUCAAAAACUCAGCGAGAUGGUGACAUCGAAGGAAGCUACUGCAAUUACUCCAAUGCAAUUAAAGUGUUUAAGAAGAAGUCUUAAGAAGAAGACGACAAAAAACAUCAAAGCAACAAAAAAUGUGUGAACAAAAUUGGUGAAUAAUGAGAAAAUUUAUGCUUGAAAUGCGGCGAAU